AUGACUCCAUCAACCGACUCCAAGCUUAAUCCAACCGCGUGGUACUCACACAGCGCGCUUCUGGUGGCGGUCCGAGUCGCACAGUUCGUUUCAACAAUCACGACGUUGGGUUUGACGGCUCGCCUCGUUGACAACAGCAAUGAACCCAAUCUUGAGCUCACGGUCUCGGUCAUCUCGCUCGCGUUUUUUAUUGUCAUUGCUGCAGCUCCACUGCCACUAAAUCUGUACUCCCUGGUCGCGAUGUGCAUUUUCGAGACUGACAUUUUCGCGUUAUGGGUAGCGGCAAGUGGUACUCUUAGUAGCGGUUACAGCGACAUCUGCACAUUUUAUUCAGGGAACAAUGACCGUACACAUGUCCCUUGGGAGGUCCUCGCGGGAAUUUCAAAAGAAUGCAAAAUAGGCAAGACAUCGAUAGCGUUUACAGCGUUUUCAACGUUUUUCUUCCUGUGCUCGGUUGCUCUACUGUGCAUGAACGUUUUAGUGCCCAUAAAAGCGCGUUCUGUUCGCGAGCUGAGCCCACAAGACACACGCGCAUACCUGUCUCGCUUUACAGCGUUGUCGAUUACACACACCCCAGUCAGAGACGUUGUGAAGAGGAAACCAGAAUAA